AUGUUCCAUAGUCCAUCACCCAGCAGCCAUGUCACACGGAAACAGCAGCCCCGGAGCAGUCAUUUUCUGACGGAGCUUUUCUUUGAUUUAACCGGAUCCUGCACGUUCCUUCUCGGCGCCUUCCUCUCCCUCGCUAUAGGCGGCUCGCUCCACCAGAGACAAGUGGUAGCAUCAUCGCUCGUUUCAAUCUGGGCCGUUCGUCUGGGAACAUUCCUCUUCACCCGCAUCCUCCGGAGGGGGAAGGACUCUCGGUUCGAUGGCGUGAGGGACCACCCCGUCUACCUCAUGAUGUUCUGGACCGUGCAGGGCAUGUGGGUGCUGCUCGUCUCGCUGCCUCUGCUCAUUCUCAACGCCUCCCAUCCUCAACCACAAUGGCUCUCCGCAACAGACGUGGCAGGAAUGGCUAUAUGGCUCACUGGCUUCCUCAUUGAGACCAUAUCCGACCAUCAGAAGUUACUCUUCAGCCUGAGACAGGAGAACGAGGGCAGGUGGAUAUCCACUGGUCUAUGGAGCUGGAGCCAGCACCCAAACUACUUUGGAGAGAUCCUCCUCUGGUUUGGCCUCUACCUGCUCACCUACUCCGGCCUCUCGCCUACCUAUCGCCUCAUAUGUCUUGCGAGUCCUCUCUUCACACUCUAUGCACUCGUGCGCAUGAGCGGGGUAUGUUUCCUGCCAUUGGCCUAUGUUGGAGUCAUUCUUUAG